UACACCAGCCUCUCGGUUAUUCGCAUAAAACAGAAGUGUCAAUACAGUUUGUUUAUUGUGGUUAUAACAUAAUUUAAUCAUUAAUAUAUUUUAAUAAAAGAAAUCAUUUAUUUUUCCAUUUUUUUUAUUGAUAACAUUAUUCAAUUAGUUGUAUUUCAACCACUUAGGUAUUUUUAGACGAAAAUGAUUCCUUUGUACCUUAUCAGCCUUUUACUGUGUGUGCUCGGUUUAAUAUACUGGUUGUAUUGGAGAUGGUCUCACAGACAUUUGUUAAGCUUGGCGUCUCAACUUCCUGGGCCCAAAGCUUUACCGAUACUUGGCAAUGCUUUGUUAUUCAUGACCAAACCAGAAGAGCAAUUAAAUAAAAUCGCAGAGUUGCUAGAGAAAUAUGGAGAUUAUGUGCGAUUUUGGCUAGGACCAGAUCUCAUCGUUGGGGUGAAAGACCCAGCUGAUAUACGGCAUCUAUUAACUAGCAAUAAAGUCAAUCAGAAAGGGCCAGCAUAUGAGUUUAUGGUACCAUUUAUUGGCAAAGGAAUUCUAACUGGAGGGCCCAACUGGCGCACGUAUAGAAAAAUAGCUAAUCCUUCUUAUAAUAAAAGAUCAAUUGAAACAUUUCUCUCUACUUUCAACGAGGAAGCUGGAAGAUUGGCCGAUAUUUUGCGGAAUAAAGACGAUAAAACAUUUAACGUGUAUUUUGAUGUUUUGCAAUGUACCACUCAGUGUGUGUGUCGAACUCUAAUGGGCCUGACAAAGGGGGAUAUAAAAAAAAUAAGGAAUUUACAGGAAGUCAUAUUAGAAACGCAGAAUAUGUACGAAUUGAUGUUCAUGAAAAUGACUCGAUGGUGGCUACAGAUACCAAUAAUAUAUUGGCUGAGUGGAAAAUUAAAAAAACAAAGGUAUUAUUUGAAAAUUAUUGAUGAAAUGCUAACUGAUAUAGUAGAGAUAAGACGAAAUGCAAUAUGUGAAGGGAACUUUAAUGAAGAUGGUAUGGGAAUUGUCGACCGUUUCAUUAUCAGCGGAUUACAAAAGGAAAUAAAAUUGGAAACAUUUGCAUUGUUUACAACGAGUCAAGAGGCGUCUGCCAAAAUAGCUUCUGGUGUUUUGCUGUUCUUGGCUCACCUUCCAGAGUGGCAGAAACUGAUAUACGACGAGAUUGUUCACGUUUUGGGACCUGAAGAAGAAGAUAUUUCUGAAGAGCAACUGAAGAAAUUGCAAUAUCUGGAUAUGGUGUACAAAGAGGUUCUACGGUACUUGUCUAUCGCUGCACUUAUACAACGGACUGUUGAAGAAACUAUAACUAUUAAAAAAGGGACGAUAACUUUACCUCCAGGUACUGUAGUGGUUAUACCAAUACAUGAUCUCCAUCGUGACACUAGAUUUUGGGAGGAUCCUCACAUGGUCAAACCAGAAAGAUUCCUGCCUGAAAACAUAAAAAACAGGGACCCCAACGCUUUCGUGCCUUUCAGUUUGGGUGCUAUGGAUUGUCUAGGAAGAGUUUAUGCAACGACGCUUAUAAAAACAAUAGUUGUUCGAGUCCUGAGACAUGUCGAAUUAUCAGCAGAAGGAAAACUGGAAGAUCUAGACUUACAUGUGGCUAUAUCAGUAAAGUUCGCUAAAGGAUACAAUCUGCGCGUAAAACCUAGGUUUUAAGAAUAAAUAAAAUAGCGGAAUGCACAAUAUUGCUGUUAUUUUUUAUGUAUCUGUAAUUUUGUAAUAUAAUAUAAUGUAAUUUGUA